AUGGGCUUUAGCGAAUCGGAUGGCUUUUAUCCAUACGAGACAGUUAGCGACUACGAUCCCGUGUCUCUCGAUCCCACCAACAGAUCGACCGAGGAUCUUUGCGCAACGUUUCCCAAGCACCUGCUCAGUCUGAUCCAGCCUGUGCUCAAGAUUGGCCAUGGCGAGGAUCGCACAAAGCUCGAUGCGCAGCUAGAUAGCGUCAGUGCCUGCUUCCGACCCGACGAGCUGCUCAUCUUCUCCGAUCUCGACGAGCGCAUCCGCAACCACACUGCCAUCGACAUUCUCGCGAACCUUCCAUCCAAGUACUACGAUCAAGAGUAUAACCCAGAUAUUGGGAAUUAUCUUUUGCAGAAGGAAUUGAGGCAGAAUGGCACGCUGGACAAGGAUAAGGAGGCGACGAAGCGUGUCAAUGGCUGGAUCAUUGACAGGUACAAGUUUCUGCCACAGAUAGAGCGUGCUUGGCUGCUGCGACCAGACAGGCCGUUUUACUUCUUCUACGAGACCGAUACAUAUGUCGUGUGGGACACGGUAUACCGGUUCCUCUCAACCUUCGAUCCCGAUACCCCAGUGUACAUGGGCUCUCCGUCGCCUGGACGCCAUGACAUGAGCCGUGACGAUCUCAAAACGUGGUUUGCCAAUGGUGGCCCAGGCUUUGCCCUCAGCCGCGCAGCGGUCCAGGCGCUUAUACACCGUGACGUGUCACCGCAUGGUCAAUACAGUGGACCGUCAGUCAGUGAAGAGUGGCUAGAACUGAUCAAGGACGAGUGUUGCGGCGAUAGUGUUGUUGGUUGGACUCUGUGGAAUAAUGGUGUGGCUUUGCAAGGUUAUUGGCCUAUGUUCAAUCCUCACCCACUGCACGGAAUUCCAUUCAGCGACCGUUAUUGGUGCCAGCCUAUAAUGACGCUGCACAAGACAACGCCAAAGGACAUGGUUGAGGUUUGGAAAUGGGAGUUUGGGCAAAGGAAGCAAAAUCGCCCAUUACUGUACUCCGACUACUGGAAUUUCCAUCAGCCUGGCACAAACGGCAUUUUGGAAAACUGGGAUAACGGUGACUGGGAUGCCUCCAAGUCUGGCCCGGACCAAGGAAUUGAUUCAUUCGAGAAAUGCGAGGAAGCGUGCAAAAAGGACAACACCUGUGUUCAGUGGAAUUGGAGAGGAAGGGACGAAAAGGAAUGCGUUCUUGCGCGAUCGUUUAGGUAUGGAGAAGCGCGACAGCCGGAACAGAGAGACGACAAGUGGGUAGAUUUCAAAUCUGGCUGGCUCAAGGAUAGACUCGACGCAUUUCGCAAAGAAAGGCAAUGCGAAGUGGUGGAAUGGGUUGGGCCGAGCAUUACACGAGUGUUUUGA